CGUUCUUGUAAUAAAUCUCGACAAGAAAGAAAAAACUCGCCGUUCUUGUCCGCCGCCGGAGAUCUUCAGAGCAUCUUUACGCGCCGCCGCAGAGCCCGGGCACGUGCUCUAGGCGCGGGUGCGGUAAGCCCGCCACUCAAAAUCCAGCUCCACGGUUUUCUCUCCGCCGUCCCCAUAGCCGGCGCAGCACCUUCAUCUCUAAAGCUCCGCCGUGCUUCAUCACGUCGCAGCUGUCUCAACCCCCUCCGCAACUUCGGCGAUUGGUUCCGAGGAGAUGUCGUCGGUUGCUCUCAGUUGCCUAUCGCUGUAAUUGGAGGAACAGCGCAUGGCGGCCGUACCACAUCAUCUGCUAUAUGAGUUCGCCAAGGCCGCACUUAUCAAAAUAUUCGCCUUUCCUUAUGCCACGGUAUGCGACAUGUACUGCAACGGUGGAGCUGAUGCAGACAAGUGGGGUGACGCCCAAAUUGGUCGCUACAUAGGAAUCGAUGCUUCUGCACCGGCUGUCAGUGAUGCCAUGCGUGAACUAUGGGAGAACAAAUGGAAGCAUUUUACCACCGAGUUCAUUGAGUUGAACCCUUCUGCUGAGGACUUUGAAGCUCAGUUGCAAGAAAAAGGCAUCCAAGCAGAUAUAGUUUGCUGCAUGCAGAAUUUACAGUUAUGCUUUGAAACUGAGGAGCACGCAAAGAGGCUUCUCAAUAACGUAUCGUCAUUGCUCAAACCUGGAGGCUAUUUCCUUGGCAUAAUUCCUGAUUCAUCCACAAUAUGGACAAAAUAUCAAAAGAACGUUGAGGCUUCGCAUAAUAAGGGUCUGAAAACUGUUCCAAAUAGCAUCCGCUCCGAGAACUACACAAUUACCUUCGAAAUCGAGGAAGAAAAGUUUCCUUUCUUUGGAAAGAAGUACCAACUCAAAUUUGCCAAUGAAGCGAUGUUUGAGAAUCAUUGCUUGGUCCACUUUCCCAGCCUUAUGAGACUAGCAAGGGGGGUUGGACUUGAAUAUGUGGAGAUCCAGAAUUUGACUGAGUUCUAUGAUGACAACAGAACACAGUUUGCUCCAAUGCUUGGUAAUUGUGGUGCCAGUUUGGUGGAUCCUCGUGGAAAGCUUGUUGCUCGCUCCUACGAUAUUUUAGGCUUGUAUUCUACUUUUGUAUUCCAGAAGCCUGACCCAGAUGCAAUACCACCUAUUGUAACACCUGACUUGAAUGAUGCUGAUGACGCUCAUGAAGAGGAACGGCUCUGGAGGCAGCAGUUAGCAGUGGAUGAUGGGAGGCGCUCACAGGCAGAUGUCAUCCCGCUUGAUCCUGACCAGAAAGGCAUCCUGGGUCCGGGGCCUGCAGAUUUGAGACUAUAGUUUGCCAGAAAUUCAGAUGUAAAUUUGAACUUGCAGUGAUGAUGCGCCCUCGGUUGGUGGUGCAUUGUAGUACUCUGUUUAUGUUGUAACCUCUCCUGGUUUACUAGGUUGAUCUUAAGCUUAGCUGGCAGUUAACUCAAGGUUUGGAUAGUCGUUGAGUUCCACCAGGCCAAUGGCUAACCCACUGGCGCUGCAAUUUCAAUUUUUCAAGUUAAUUGUUGUAUCAGACACUCAAACGUGUUUUUGUACCUAGAGGAUAAACUUAAGUCCCGUGCAUUUUCAAGAUAA